GGCCACGGCCCGGGGCUCGCCGCGCCCCUCCGGCCCCCCCACGCCCCGGCGGCCGGGCGGGAGGCGGCGGAGAGCCCGGACAUGGGUGUUUCUCUCGGGGAGCCGCUGCCCCGUGGCCUGUUGGUACCUGCGGGCGGGCGGCCGCUGGAAAGCACCUUCUGAUGAACGGUUCCAGCUCCUCGCCCUGGACUCUCGCCAUGGACACUGUGAAAACCACCUACAUCGUGCUGGAGCUGAUCAUUGCCGUGCUGUCCAUCGCUGGCAACGUCCUGGUCUGCUGGGCCGUGGCCAUCAACAGCACCUUGAAGAACGCAACCAACUAUUUCCUGGUGUCCCUGGCAGUGGCUGACAUCGCGGUGGGUCUGUUGGCCAUCCCUUUUGCCAUCACCAUCAGCAUCGGAUUCCAGGUGGAUUUUCACAGCUGCCUCUUCUUUGCCUGCUUCGUGCUGGUGCUGACCCAAAGCUCCAUUUUCAGCUUGCUGGCAGUGGCCAUCGACAGGUACCUGGCUAUUAAGAUCCCACUGAGGUAUAACAGCCUGGUGACCGGCAAGCGGGCAAGAGGACUCAUCGCUGUGCUCUGGCUCCUGUCCUUUGGGAUUGGGCUGACUCCACUCAUGGGAUGGAAUAAAGCCAUGAGUGGCUGUCCCAACGGCACCAACGAGACAGGGGCUGCCAUGGGGCCAGAGCAGCACGGCUGCUUCGUCUCGUGCCUCUUCGAGAACGUGGUCACCAUGAGCUACAUGGUGUACUUCAACUUCUUCGGCUGCGUGCUGCUCCCCCUCGUCAUCAUGCUGGGGAUCUACAUCAAGAUAUUCAUGGUGGCCUGCAAGCAGCUGCACCAGAUGGAACUGAUGGGCAACUCCAGGACCACGCUGCAGAAGGAGGUGCACGCAGCCAAGUCUCUGGCCAUCAUUGUAGGACUUUUCGCCUUCUGCUGGCUGCCUCUGCAUAUCUUGAACUGCAUCACUCACUUCCAUGAGGAGUUCUCCAGAUCCAAGCCCGAGUGGGUGAUGUAUGUGGCCAUCACCCUCUCCCACGCCAACUCUGUCAUCAAUCCCAUCAUUUAUGCCUACAGGAUCCGGGACUUCCGCUACACCUUCCGCAAGAUCAUUUCCAAGAUCCUCUGUAAGUCAGAAGACUUCCCCAAGUGCACCACUGACAACAACCAGCACCUGACUGUCACCCACAUGAACUCUCCAGUAGCCUCUGUCACCAUAUGACCUUCACAUCUCACAGCCUAGCACUGCCCUUGCCUGUGAACUCCCAGAGGAGAGCUCAGAGCUGACCACUACGCAGCUGUACUUUUGGGUGUGGAACUAACGUAGUGAGUGCCCCUUAGAGGCACAACCUGACCGGGGAGACUGGGUGCAGUCCCCCUCCACUGGAAGCCCAGGCUGCCUGAGUGCUUCUGUUUCCUUUCCAGGUCAGCCACUGACUGUGGAAGACUCACCUGCUGGGGGUGUUUCCCAGCUGUGCUGCUCAUGACACCUCCUAGGAUCUUUAUUUUAAUUAUUAUUAUUUUUUAAAAUCCUCUGAUUCGUUUAGGAGUAACAGUGGUGUGUCUGCUUCUGAGUUGGUCUUUGAGUCUACACUUGCCAGCACUUUGGUAAUACCCUGAUUAUUCCAUCAAUUGUCUGAUGCACUUAGUAUUCUCCAAUGGGAAAAUGUCUUACUUAGCCCAGUUGCCAGUGUGAGGCUGAAUCUGUGUUCCAGGUUCUGAGGGACGUGACUGUAGGGAUGAGAAAACAAGAGCAGAACUGGGCUGCUAUUUUUGGCCCCAGUAUGGAAACCCUGAAUAGGAAAGAGAAAUAUUUUAGUAGAGCUGAGAGCAGUUUCAGAGCCAGGGGGUUUAUUGCCUUGCAGUAAUCACUUUGGCCUACAGGAGCCUGCAGCCUGGUGCUUCAGGUUUGCUUCCCAAUCCGUUUCCGACAGGCGAAAGGCAGAAGUGCCCCAAUGGGCUCAGCUAGUCUAGGUCAGGCUCACUGACGUUAGUGCAGACCCUCCCUUGGGGGCAUCAUCUCCACAAUUAGGUUUUUGCUCCCAGGUCAAAACGUGACAGCUGUGCAGUGCUGUAGCUGGAUGCUGCAGCUCAGCUGACUCCCAAAGCCUGGUCUUGCUGCAGCUGCUGUGCAGGAGCUGGGAGGGUUCUUUUUUGUAAGACUGAUUUUUUUCUUUAAACUAUUUUUAAUCCUGACCUGCACCAGCAGCAAGAGACUGGAAGGGAGCUAAUUUACUUGAGAAGCUAGGAUGCCUUGACUUGCAUCCUGGUUUUGGCCAAGCUCCUUGGGGAAGGAGCUUGGCUCACAUCUUGCCUAGCUUGGCCUCUGCAGUUAGCCAGCAGUCCUGGCCCCUUGCCGGGACAAAGCCCACUCGACAGCAGUCUCCAUUGUACUGCAAGGUAAUAACUCUGCAACCACAGCUCAGUAAUUACUGCACCCCAUUUAUGUAACUGUGAUAUGCAAAACCAAACAAAGGCAGGAAGAAGAGGGCACUAACCUCUGAAGUAUAAACUCCUCUUCUCCAGAGAGUGUGACAGUGCCUGCACAGCUGUCAAUGAGCCCUGCUCCUGGCCUGACUGUUGUCUAGCAUCAUACUUUCCUUCCAUGGCUGAGAGGAAUAGGGAGGGGAGUCAGAAAAGCACCAGCCAGCCUCCCUUCUUUGUGCCCAGAAGCUGAUUGUGGUCCAGAGACUUGGCUGUUCUUGAUGAGCUCAGACCUGCUGUCACAGCGUGGUCCUCUUAGCAACAGGAGUCUUGCCUGAAGGUCACUGUGUGGUGGAACUGGGACCACUUUGCUCUGAGUUAGUGCCAGCAGCAUCACUGUGAUGAUGAGAAGCUGGAGCACAAGGGUCUGUAUUAACUAUGGGCUUUGGUGGUAACUCAUGGAGGGAGAUGGAGUUGGGAAGCAAGCCUGGUAGAGCCAGGUGGCAGGGAGAGAGGUUGAAACAGGCCCAGUGGACAGCCUGAAGCCUGGAGCAGCCUGUCCCAAAUCAAUUGUACUUGAAUCUUAUAGAAACCAGCUUCCUAUUUUUUUUAACUGCAUUGCACUAAAAGGGGCAAUACAAAUCCCCAAGAACUUC